AACAACAAUAGGAAAAAAAUUAAUAAGAAAAUGGACUACUGGUCGAUCUGUUUGCUGUUCGUUUCGCUGUUCAGCACAAUAUUACGCACUGGUGGCGUCGAGCUAACCUUCGAAUUGCCUGAUAAUGAAAAACAGUGUUUUUUUCAAGAAAUUGAAAAAAAUGCGACGGCAAUGCUCGAGUUUCAGGUUGUGACAGGUGGACAAUACGAUGUAGAUGUAACAUUGGAAGCUCCAAAUAAAGAAGUUAUCUAUCAGCAAAUUAAAACUCAAUUCGAUUCACAUCACUUUACAGCCUAUAUGACAGGAGCAUAUAAGGCAUGUUUUAGUAAUGAGUUUUCAACAUUCUCACAUAAGCUCGUUUACAUGGAUUUCCGUGUAGGUGAUCAGAUGCCACUUGUUGGUCUUGGAGAACAUGUAACUGUUAUGACUCAGAUGGAGUCUUCUGCAAAAGAAGUGCACAAAAAUUUGAACAGAAUUAUAGACUACCAAACACAUCAUCGAUUAAGAGAAGCACAAGGCCGUAAAAGAGCAGAGGAUCUGAAUGACCAUGUACUAAAGUGGUCCAUUGUAGAAACAAUUACAAUUCUACUCAUAUCUAUCGGAGAGGUGUAUAUUUUAAAAGCAUUUUUCACAGAAAGGAAGCCUUAACGCGUCUGCUAGUGUAUUUGCGAAUGACAAUGUUUUUUUUGUUCGCAAUAAAAUAAUUUAUCCGUCUGAGCAACGUGAAACAGUGUUACAAGUAACGUUCCACGAGCUCUACUCAUCAGUCAUGGUGCCAUGUUAGCAUUGGCCAGUUAUUUCUAGUGUCCAUGCUUAAUGUUGGACGUACAACUUUACAUCAGACAGACGGAAUAUUCUAGUACGAGAAACACUGUUUAUUCGUGUAUGAAAUUGUUGUGUAUGCGCGGACAUGUGUGUAUCAUUUGAAUAUUAAGUUAUAGAAAAGAUGGGCGUUUUCAUAUGGGUACCUGCUCCACCGUAAACUGCGGCAAAGAACAUGAAAGCAAUCGGACUGUUAUACCUCUUAUGCUAAAUACUUAAGUUGUAUUUAUAUUUUGGUACUGGCAGUGUAACAGGCAUUGUCACGAAAAACACAUUUUUUCUUACUGUGAAUCUGUAAUAUAAUAAAGUAAAAUAUUU